UGUAAAGCCGGUCUCGAUUUUAGUGUCUUUCAUUUGCUAUUGGUCCAUCCCUGAGUAAUCUUGUCCAAUAGACAGCGUUUUAUAGUCUUUCACCGCAGUGUGAGUUCGCGGGAAAAUAAGAUGGCUAGGUUUUGUAGCUAUAGUGUUAAUGUGUAUAGCAAAAUUAAUUAACGUAUUUUGAAAUGUAAUAUUGGUGAGUUUGUCGUUAGAUAACUUGAGUACUGACAUAUUUAAACUGUUGAGAGUCCCGCUUUCAAACUGACUUGCUAGUUAACGUUAUUCGUACCAAUUCAUUGGUAAUCGUAGCUAGCCUGCUUUCGAUAGCCAGAAUAAGAAAUAUUUUGUACGGAGACAAAGAGCUAACCUCUCUUGCUUGCUAGCUGUGUAAGGUUUAAUACUUGACGUUUGAAAAUGAGUAUAUUUAAUUUAGACCGGUUUCGUUUUGACAAGAAUAAACCGACAUCAAACCAGGACAAAUACAGCGGUUCCGUAAGUCCAGAGUCGGAAAAGGAGAAUAAACCAGCCCAAGAAACAACAACACCACCUGUAUCCAACCAAGAAAAACCUGGGCGAGGAGUAGUAUUUGAAGAUGUCAUCAGUGACUCUGACGAUUUGGCAAGUGACUCGAGGAGUGAUAAAUUAACAAAAAGGGUGAUGGAACCUGUCAAGAAAUCAGUGAAGGGAGAGGUAAGAGAGAUGACUGAGACAUCUGAUAAGGAAGACAAAAUGAACAAGGAGCUGGAAGAGAGACUGGCCAAACUGCAGGAAAUCUUCCCUCAAAGAGACAGGAAGGAGCUGCUGGAGGUGAUUAAAAGCACAAGCACUUUGGAUGGUGCCGUAGCCUCAUGCCUGAUGUUUGGUGAGAAAGUCUCAAUGCGAAAGAGGAAACAGGAUGGAUCCAGCAGUUCCCAAGACAGCGACGUGAUUCAGCAGCCCAGUAAGAAGAGGAGACCGUCUCUGACUGAAGACUCUGAGGAGGAAGCAGAGCCCAGCUGGGAGAGGCGGGAGGCCAUGGUCAGGAAACUGCAGAGGAAGUUCCCCGACCAGGAUAAGGAGGAACUCCGGUCUGUGCUCCAGGAACAUGAGUGGAAAGUGGAUGACGCCCUGGAGGUGCUGCGCAUGUUCUCGGACCCAGAUGAAGACUCCAGUGCCUCUGAAGUACGCAGCUCCCCUGAAGUCAAGCAAAAGGAACCGAAAGCCAAGAGCAAUGCCAAACCAAGCAAAGCAAAGAGUGAUGCCAAGCCGAGCAGAGACCGUCGGGUGUCUAAGGAUAGCAAGGAGGAGGCCAAGCGAAGCAAUGCUUCCGCUCUGAAAUGGAUGUUCAAGAAACCUGCACCUGAAUCUAGACCUGACUCCUCGUCCUCCUCUUGGACUUCUACCAGCCAGAAGCUCUCUAACGGGACCAGCGUGGCUAAGAAGGAGGCGUCGGAGAGGAAGGUGCGCGCCUCCUACGAAAGGGCCAGCAGCUCGGAGGACGAGGACGGGGAGGGGGCCAGCAGCGAGUUUGAGGGCGAGGACGACGAGUUGGAUUUUGUGGCGGAGGACGAGGGCACAUCCACGCUCAAAGGCCAGAUCCUGCUCUUCUUCCAGGAGGCCUCGCUGGAUGAGCUGUCCCUCAUCGCCGGCUGCUCGUUGAAGAAGGCCCAGAAGAUUGUGGAGCGACGGCCCUUUGCUGUUUGGCAGGACCUGAAGGAGGUGUUCCACAAAGAGAACGGCCUGUCUGCAGAGCUGCUCCUGGGCUGCAGGGUGGUGCUCAGAGAGAGAGCCGUGGUCCAGGGCCUCAUGUCCAAGUGCCAGACCAUCUCGGGCAAGAUGGUAAAGGGAGUCACCCAGGUCAUAGACAAGGGCAUGGGCUCCGUGACCCAGCCCUCGGUUCUCAACAGAAAGUUGCAGUUGAAACCCUACCAGCUGAUUGGGCUGAAGUGGCUUCUCCUGCUGCACCAACACAAGCUGAGUGGAAUCCUGGCUGACGAGAUGGGUUUGGGAAAGACCAUCCAGGCCAUAGCCUUCCUGGCCAGACUGUACCAGGACGGCAUCGACGGCCCCCACCUCAUCACUGUGCCCUCCUCCACCCUUGAUAACUGGGUUCGUGAGCUAAAGCUGUGGUGCCCUAGUCUCAAGGUGUUAGUCUAUUACGGCUCCGUGGAGGACCGGCGGUACCUGCGACAUGACAUCCUCAGCAAUCAGGUGGACUUCAACGUCAUCGUGUCCACCUGCUCCGGGUUGAAGUUUCCACCAGGUACAGAUCUAGGAUCAGCUUCCCCUCCCCCAAUCCUAACCUUAACCAUUGGGUGGGGGAAUGCAAAACUGGCCCCAGAUCAGCGCCUUGGGGCAACUUCACCCUACAACCUUGCAGCUGUGGGCUACAAUCUGACCAUCGGCAACGACAGCGACCGCAGUCUCUUCCGCAAGCUCAAGCUCAAGUACGCCGUGUUCGACGAGGGCCACAUGUUGAAGAACAUGAACUCCCUCCGCUACCGCCACCUCAUGGCCAUCAAUGCUGAGCACCGGCUGCUCCUGACCGGCACCCCUCUGCAGAAUAACCUGCUGGAGCUGAUGUCGCUGCUCAACUUUAUCAUGCCCUCCAUGUUCUCCAGUAGCACCACGCAGAUAGCCAAGAUGUUCUCCAUGAAAUCCCACGAGGAACAGAGUCAUUUUGAGAGGGACCGCAUCGCCCAGGCUAAACUCAUCAUGAAACCUUUCAUCCUCAGACGAGUUAAGUGCGAGGUUCUUAAGCAGCUGCCAGCUAAGGAGGAGAAGCUGGAAUUCUGCACCAUGAGCGAGAAGCAGCAGCAACUUUACCAGAACAUGGUGGUCAAGCUCAAGAAGUCUGCCAUCGGAGAGAAGAAAGAGCUAUGCAACGUGAUGAUGCAGUUGAGGAAGAUGGCCAACCACCCUCUGCUCCACCGGCAGUACUACACCACAGAGCGACUCAAGGCCAUGAGUCACCUCAUGCUCAAGGAGCCGACCCAUUUUGACGCGGACCCGGUGCUGAUCCAGGAGGACAUGGCGGCGAUGUCGGACUUUGAGCUUCACCGGCUGUGCCAGCAGUACUCGUCCCUGCACAAAUACCAGCUGGACAAAGACCUACUGCUGGACUCUGGGAAGUUCCACCUGCUCCAGACGCUACUGGCCACACUCAAGACCAAGGGAGACCGGGUGGUACUCUUCAGUCAGUUCACCAUGAUGCUGGACAUUGUGGAGAUUCUGCUCAAACACCUGGGCCACCGCUAUGUCAGACUGGAUGGCUCCACACCCAUAGCAGACAGGAUCGUGCUGAUUGACGACUACAACAUGGACCCGGAAAUCUUUGUGUUCCUGCUGUCGACGCGGGCGGGCGGCCUAGGCAUCAACCUGACCUCGGCCAACGUGGUCAUCAUGCACGACAUCGAUUGCAACCCCUACAACGACAAGCAGGCAGAGGACCGCUGCCACAGAUUGGGCCAGACUAGGACUGUCCAGGUGAUCAAGCUGAUACAUAAAGACACCAUAGAGGGUGGCAUGCUGCAGCUGGGCCAGAAGAAGCUCAAACUGGAGCAGGACAUGACCGCUGCCGAGGAGGGUGAUGAGGGCACCAUGCCUGAGGACAUGGCCGCCCUCCUCAAGGCAUCGCUGGGCCUGUGAGGGUCCGGGAGCGCCCUCCCUGGAGUUUCAUUGGGACUCAGCCUGGAGCGUCCCACCACUGACUGACUGACUGACUGACUGACUGAAACCUGCCACUCACUCUUCCCUCGAGACCUGAGACUGAGACGCAUCUGUGCAUUUCCAACAGUCUGGAUUGGAGAUUAUAUGGAUGUGUUGAUGGGAUUAUUGGCCUUUGCUGUCAGUAGCAGAGAUGGUGGGUGUCGUCGAAGGUCAGUGGUGACGCUGCUCUGUACAGCACCUGGGUUUGUAUUCAUCAGGAAGCAAAAGUGCCGAAACGGCGAGGGACUAACCUCAACUUGUCCAAUAAAUUAUUGUUUUCAUUGCAAAAGGUUUUCUGUUGCAAAUUGUUUUGCACUAAUGAAUACACCCGUACUCUGCUCUGAAACAAUGCCAGGGAGCAGGCUAAAAGUUAGUCACAGCAACUCUGUCCGUGCUGCCUUUCAGGGGUACAAUAAAGUCCUGCAGGGGACUACCAGGUGGUGACAGAGCUGCUCUGUUGAUGUAUUGUUGUGAUAAUGUGACGUACUGUUGUCAAAGCUGUUACCCGGCUGUUUGUGUUUAUGUCCUUGUUGUGACAUCAACAGGGUUUGUCGAAACAUAAAAUAAAGAAUUCAAUAUUUA